AUGUCUCGGAUCCCGAAAGAGCAGUGGGAGCGGCUGCAGCUCAUACUGCAGAACCAAAGGCGCUUCGGCGGUUUUUCUGGCGGAGGACGCGGAGGAGCGGGUGCUACCGUAGCUCUGGUUGUACUUGGUGUUGGAGGAUGGGCUCUAUCAAACUCUCUCUUCAACGUUGAUGGUGGUCAUCGCGCAAUCAAAUACUCCCGAUUCGGUGGUGUCAAGAAGGACAUCUACUCUGAAGGAACUCACUUCGCGAUUCCUCUGAUCGAGACCCCGAUCAUCUACGAUGUCCGAGCCAAGCCGAGAAACAUUGCUUCCCUGACCGGCACCAAGGAUCUACAGAUGGUGAACAUCACCUGCCGUGUGCUGUCGAGGCCACGGGUGGAUGCUCUUCCUCAGAUCUACCGAACACUUGGUCAAGAUUUUGAUGAGCGAGUGCUUCCAUCUAUUGUGAACGAAGUGUUGAAGAGCGUGGUCGCUCAGUUCAACGCCAGUCAACUGAUCACUCAACGUGAGAACGUCGCAAGACUUGUCCGGGAUAACCUCGCUCGUCGCGCAGCUCGCUUCAACAUCGCUCUGGACGAUGUAUCUCUUACGCACCUGACCUUCUCCCCCGAAUUUACUGCCGCUGUCGAAGCCAAGCAAGUCGCCCAACAAGAAGCCCAACGAGCGGCCUUCCUGGUUGACAAGGCCCGUCAAGAGAAGCAAGCAUUCAUCGUCCGCGCCCAGGGUGAAGCCCGAUCGGCCGAACUUAUCGGAGAAGCGAUCAAGAAAAGCAAGAGCUACAUUGAGCUUCGGAGGAUUGAGAACGCUAGACACAUUGCCCAGAUCAUCCAGGAGAACGGCGGAAGGAACAAGCUGUACCUGGAUAGCGAAGGUCUUGGCUUGAACGUCAACGCUGGCGCGGAUAGCGACACCAAAUAA